AUGCCGCUCUUCCAUCGAUCGCAGUCGUCGGCUCGAUUGCCCAAUGGAAGCAGCUGUCAUUUGAAUGCGUUGGUCUACCACAAUGAUGAAAGCAAAAGCAUCAGCACUGCGAAUGAAAUGUCCACAUCGCCAUCUUCAUCCUCACUGUUGCCGAUGAGAAAUGGAAAACACAAUUCGAGUCGACAAGCUUUGCAUACAUCCAACAGUGUCAUAAGUUUUGGAAGUGUAGGAAGCCGAGGAGGACGAACAACGCCCAACACCCCCUCUAAACGACCGCCUCAUGCCAAUUCGAAGAUACGACACCUACGGAAGAAAUAUCCAAAAGUCUUCUCUUAUAUUCCAGAAGCACCCACUCAAAAACAAAAACUUAUUCUCGCUACUCUAAUCUUGCUCUAUAUUCAUCGAGGAGACGUGGCUCAAUUUCUUGCUCACUUGAUUGGCAAACUGAUACGAAAUCUGAUUACUGUCCGCGUCAUGAAGCAUCAGUUACUGCAAUCAUCUCCAGAAGCCGAUGCGUUAUGGAAGGCAUCAAUACGUCUUCCGAAUCCACAAGAAUAUCAACAUGAUACACAAACACCACAAAGGUUGCGACAAUCACCGUCCCCUCCUGCCACAUCCAGCAAACCUGACGAUGAUCCAUCACCAACGCUAUCCGACUUUACCAUUGAUUUGGUUAUUUCUCAUUGUAACUUACCAGUGGACUGGAUCUUCACCUCCUUUGCUUCGCCUGAAGAGGACGCAUACAACGAUGACAUUGGAUAUGAUCCUUUAUCAAUAUUUCGAAAUGUUACCAUCAUCUCAAAAUGCAAUCUACCCGUGGAGGGAGCCCCACCUUCGGCCACGAUAAUCCGACUCCCUAAUGUGGGUCGUUGCGACCAUUCCUAUGCUCAUUAUCUGGCCAAUUACUACUUUCACGACGAGAACCACGGCCACAACGAAGUGCGACGUUCUCAUUCAGACCAUCCAUCAUCACUGGAGGUGACAGCAGCUCCCCAGGAAUCGAACACGGAUGCUAGCAGCAGUGAAAGGAACACAUUUCAUGCAACACUCUUUCUCAAAGACAAUGACAAUCAUCAUAGAGCCGUUUAUAGUCGACAACGAUCUCUGCUAGAAAUGCUACAAAUUACCCAAAAACGAGGCUUUGCCUGUCACGAAGAGCGGAUAUGGACGGUUUCUAAGCCCAGUGACGAAAGGCCCCUGCAAAAGCAACAACAACAAAGUCAGCGCCAGUCAUCCUUUUGGAAGGACGUUGCCAUGCACCCCAUUUGUCAGCUGUCGUCCUACCACAAUUGGACACAACUACAACAUAAACAAAUGUCCUCCUACAUUCGGCUGAGACGCGACAAGAUUGACCUAGGCCAAUUUCGGAGCACCCAUGGUAGUACCAUUGGCGAAUAUGCGAAGGAAAUGGGUAUGGAAAUUAAGGGGCCGAUUGUACCUGUGUGUUAUGGUGGCAAUUUCAUGGCAUCUGCAGACCAACUUUUUCGAUACAGUCCCAGUUCGCCAUCUUCCUCGUCCCUAUUUCACAAGAUGGAAGCCUCCCUCAGUCGAGCAAGCAACAUUGCUGAAGGGCAUUUUGUCGAACGUUUAUGGGCAGCCCUCUUAAGUUUGCCCUUGACGACUUCCGAAGUGGAGCAGUUGAAAGCAAUGGCAUCUGCAAAGCAACCCAUUUGCAACGCGGGGACAGACUUUCAAGGGGCACUUACGAAGUACUAG